CGCAAAUCAUUCCUUCUUAAACCAACUUUCGACUUUACAUAACAAAACUUCUUGCGCCACCUUCGUGUUCGUCGGCGCACCUUUCUCUCUCUAUUCUCUGCCAAAUGCUUCAAUGAAGCCGCGGUAGUAUUUGUAGUGCUCUAGAGAUAGUGAGAGGAUCUCUAGAAGCCAACCUCUUCGACAAGUCCCAAAAUCCUAUCUAUUCACCUCGCGACGUAACCCCAAGCUCAGCCAGUCAUGUUAGUGACAAAAAAUGUUGCAGAACUUUGUGUUCUGCUAAUCAGUGAGCUGUACGGUCAGCUCCCAUCGCGCAUGUUUGCGGAUCUUAUCACAAGAGGCAGGUCGACCAUUGCGCAAUUAGCGCAGCACACAUCGCUCAACCAGCGACAAGUGCGCCAUGGGAUCGCUGUGCUCAUCCAGCUAAAUCUCAUCUUCCACUUUACGGACCAAGACUCGGGUACCACAUAUUACGACGCAAACCCCCAUGCUGCCUAUAAUCUUGUUCGAACGGGAAAGAUCCUUGACAUGGUCCGUGAAAAGUAUGGAUCUGAUGCAAAUACUCUUGUGCACGAGGUUCUUGUUCAGGGCCAUAUGAAGAUUUCCGACUUGAUCGCAGCGUUCAAGGAGCGGCGUACGCAGCAAAAGACUGUCAACGGCAUAUCCCAAAAUGGCCACCAUGUCAAUGGCAAUGGCGUUAGUAAUGGUAUAGGCGACAUAAAGAUAGGGGAUGAAGAUAUCAACCAAGAGGAUGAAGUCUACGAGAGUCUCGCACAGCUUAUUGCGGCUGGCAUUCUUGAGCCGCUGACGCUAGCGAUGUGUCAAUCUCCGCAGGAUCUAAGAAGCACCAUUGAGCAAGACUUCCUAGCUAGCAACUAUCCCACUGGCAUUCGAGGAGCCAAGCAGACAGCCGAAUUUGACAAGUAUGUUAGAGACAAGCUAAGGGAAUUUCAUCUUAAAAAUACGGACUUGAAGAAGAGUCUUGAACUUGAACUCGAGAACGAGGCCAGCUCUAAGCGCCGGAAGCUAACUAACGGCACGACAUCCAAUACACCUACCGACGGAAGAGCAAAAUCCAUUCUGCUAAGAAGCCUUGAUACCGUACUUCGGGUGAACUAUGAUAAAUGUGUGGUCGAACUCCGCAAUCUUAAACUCGAGCGCUACGUAGAAGACUUGAUUGGCGAUACCACAGCAAAGGUGUACGCAACAUUACUUGACGUACUGAGCAAAAAGAUUUCUCGUUGUCAGACCGAUAAAUCAAUCGAGGUUGAAGAUGAGAACAGCGAUGUUUCUACUGGACCCCGUGUCACUAGUCAAGAGAUUUUUGAACAUCUAAGCCCUUCUAUUGAUGUAUCAGGCGGGGUUGGAAUGCUCCAUGAAGAUGGUGCCAUUGAUAUUCGCUAUGCAGAAAAGAUUAGACGGUUUCCUCCGCAACUUAAGGGCUCGACCCUUAAGGAAGAGCUCCAGGAAGGGGAAGAAAUCGUUGAGUCGGACGACGAAGACUACGAUCCCAGCGGGGAGGCAGCUGCUAGCUUCGGAUUGCAUGGCCAGAAUGGCUCAGAUGAAGUCAAAAUGCAAGUGGACGACAGCGUUCCGAUCGGCACCAAGCGGCUGCAUCAGAUGCGACAACAUCUACUUAUCCUUGCCGAAAGUAAGGAGGGCUUUGUGCGACACUGUGGCAGUCUUGAUUUCGGUGAAUGGACGGUCGAUUUCGAACCGCUUAUGCAGCACCUAAAGUUCCUCGAACUUGAUACGCUUAUCGAGAACCGCUUUGGCCGUCGGGGUCUGCGUCUCACACGAAUUCUUAGGGAAAAGGGGAAGAUCGACGACAAAACAUUGCCCAGUUUGGCUCUUAUGAAGAAGCCAGAUGUGCAUGUUAAGAUGGCGGAGAUGGAGAUGGCGGGAUUCCUGGACGUCCAAGAGGUACCCCGGGACAACAACCGAGCGGCCGCCCGGACAAUUUUCUUUUGGUUUUUCGACCUUGAAAGAACAUUACAACGAACACUAGACAAUACCUACAAGUCCAUGGUACGCUGUCUACAGCGAUUGGAUGUGGAGCGUCGUAAGAAGGCGAGCGUUCUCUCCGUUGCCGAACGUAAGGAUGUUCAGGGAAUGGAAGAAGAGAAACUGAGAGGUGACAUAUAUAAUGAAUAUGUGCAGUUUCUCGACCUUGAAAAGAAAUUGCUCGGUCAAGUUGGAAAGCUCGACGAUAUUGUAGCAGUCUUCAGAGACUUCUAGGGUUCAUUCUCGCAAAUGAUACCGGUAUAGGAGGGAUAUCUUGCAUUAUGGCGGCGUUGGGUCACGGGUGGUACAGCCUAAGAGGCUUAAAAAGUGACUUUUGCAUAUCGGACGGCGUUGUCUUCUACUCAUUUUGGUCGGUCCUAAACCCCGAAUGUGGUAAGUCGGACCACAUCUCGGAUUGUACGUCCCGAUAGAUGACAAGUCUACUAGCGACUGUACAAUAGCUACAUUUCUAGAUUUAUACCCCAGAUGGUAUUAUGAAUUUUAAUAAUAUACCAAUGUCACAUGGACACUUGCGUAUACAUAUAUAUGUAUAAUCCUACCUAAAAGAAUCAACUUCGC